AUGGCUGUGGAAAAGAAGGAUGAGCAGGAGUCUGAAUCUUCUGAGCAAGUGGUGAAUCCAUGGGAAGUAUCAGGGAAGAUCGAUUACGACAGGCUUAUAGACAAGUUUGGCUGCCAAAGGCUCGACGUGUCAAUGAUUGAUCGUGUUCAAAGACUGACUUCUCGUCAGCCACACGUGUUCCUCCGCCGUGGUGUCUUCUUCGCUCACAGGGAUUUCAAUGAGAUCUUGGACGCGUAUGAGAGAGGAGACAAGUUCUAUCUCUACACUGGAAGAGGGCCUUCAUCAGAAGCUCUGCAUUUGGGGCAUUUGAUUCCUUUCAUGUUUACCAAAUACUUGCAAGAAGCUUUCAAGGUUCCUCUUGUUAUACAGCUCACGGAUGAUGAGAAAUGCAUAUGGAAGAACAUAUCAGUGAAGGAAAGUAAAAGACUUGCAAGGGAAAAUGCGAAAGAUAUAAUUGCUUGUGGAUUCGAUGUAACAAAGACCUUCAUUUUCUCGGAUUUCGACUAUGUUGGAGGUGCUUUCUAUGAAAAUAUGGUGAAGGUUGGAAAGUGUGUUACACUUAAUAAGUCUACCGGAAUCUUUGGCUUUUCCGGCCAAGAUUGUAUCGCAAAAAUCGGUUUCCCUCCGGUGCAGGCAGCUCCAUCUUUUCCAAGCUCAUUUCCACAUUUGUUUCCUGGCAUGAACAAUCUCCGUUGCUUGAUUCCUUGUGCAAUUGACCAGGAUCCUUAUUUUAGAAUGACUCGUGACGUUGCACCUCGGUUAGGCUAUCGCAAGCCAGCUCUAAUUGAGUCAUCAUUCUUUCCUGAUCUUCAGGGAGAGAAUGGAAAAAUGUCUGCUAGUAACCCGAAUUCCGCAAUAUAUGUGACUGAUUCCGCGGAAGACAUUAAAUACAAGAUAAAGAAACGUGCGUUUAGUGGUGGUCAAGACUCCUCGAAGAAGCAAGAAGGUGUCGGAGCAAAUCUUGAGGUAGACGUAUCAUUCAAGUAUUUGAGUUUCUUCCUCGAAGAUGAUGCUGAGCUUGAACAAAUAUUUCAGGAGUAUAAAGAAGGAAGUAUGCUAACCGGAGCCGUAAAGGCGCGACUCGCUGAAGUGUUGACAGAGAUAGUCGAGAGACACCGCAGGGCUCGAGCUGCUGUUACCGAUGAGAUGGUGGAUGCAUUCAUGACUGUGAGACCUCUCCCAAGAAUGUUCGAGUAG